AUGGUAAACCCAGAUUCGCAGACGGUAGAACUGGACCGUGAUUAUCUCGAUACGGUCACGGUUCAGGGCCGUGAGUAUCAGAAAUACUCGAUUGAUCAUCGCACGUACUUUGGACCGGUCGAUGAGGAAGAAGCACAACGACUCGAGAACCAGCAACAAGUAUUUCAAAGACUUUUUGAUAAUCGGCUGAUCUUCCCACCGAUCCAUCGACUUCGAAGAGUUUUGGACUGUGGUCAUGGGGCUGCAUCCUGGGCCGUUGAUGUUGCGGAGCAGAAUCCUGGUUGCGAGGUCAUUGGCGUGGACAUUGCCCCUCACAUGAGUCCAAGCGAUGUUCCUGACAACUUAUGGCUUCAGGUGAGUCAACUUGCUUCGAAUUCGACAGCAGAGAACCGUUCGGCCUACACCACCAGAGGCCCAUAUCGCCGCAGGAGGUCCAUAAUGGGUGCUUCAAAUUCUCCGUGUGAUUCUUUCAUUCUGACCAGCAGUUCUCUCCAAAUGUUCAACAGACUGAAGGAUGAUCGCUGA